AUGGCCAAAAUCGACCUUCGCAACCCCGGACGCCCGAUCCACGCCGGCAUCAUCUUGAUGGGCGGAGUCACCGAGAUUCUCGACACGGCACCCAUUGACCUCCUGCACGGUCUGACCAAGUCCUUCAUGGAACAAUUGCCUCUUCCAGACGAGUUGAAGAAGCAGGCCAUUGAUGUCGACUUCCACUGGGUGAACGAGAAAGGAACGCCAGCGUCAAUGACGUCUGGAAUCACUCUGCAGACUACAGACUCCUUCGAAACUUGUCCACCCCUCGACAUCGUCCUCAUGGGGGCCCACUGGGGCCACACGCCCAACGAAACCGAGCUUGCAUUCGUCCGCAAAUCUUACCAAGACUGCUCCGCCUACCUCUCCAUCUGUGGAGGUAUGAUGGUGCCCCUAAUGGCCGGCACUCUCAAGGGCAAGACUUGCACCGGCCCACUGCCUGUACUGGCGCAAGUCAAGAACGACAACCCGGAGGUCAAUUGGGUCGAGAAGAGGUAUGUGAUGGAUAGCGAUGGCAAGACGUGGACGAGCGGCGCUUUGUUGAAUGGAUUGGAUUUGAUGAAGGCUUUUGUGGAGCACACGUGGGGUGGGCCGGGCUCGUUAGCUGAGCAGGUGAUUGGCAUUGGGGGAUGGCCUGUUAGGAGUGUUGAGUAUCGCGGUGGGCAGUAG